UGUGUGUUGGUUUUUGUGCGCGAGGUCUCGAUCUAGCCCUCGGCGGUGGAGCGGCGAUCGCUACUGCCGAUAAUCCGCGCCAUGGCGAGGGCGGCAUCGCCGUGAGUGGCGCUGGAUCUGCGCGUAGCGAUCGCUGUUAGGGUUCUUGCGAUCGCGCGAUCGCGGGGGGUGCGCGAUCGUCCCAGAUCAUGGCCUAGGUCAAAUUAGAUGGUUCUGACGGGCCUGGUGCAGUCGCUACAGAGGCUCUUCAGGAACAUCCGCGACGCGACCAUGGUUUCUUGCGGGCCUUUCAGGGAUCCAACCAUGGCGGCGGCGCCAACGAGCAUGGAGGUGAGUUGCUCCUCUGAUGAAUCUUCCAGUAGGGUAGCGGCGGCCGCGGCAGCCGCGGCGGCGAUUCUCACUGCCGAUAGGGCACAGGAGAGCUUCAUGGCGGCAGCUCGGAUUCCCCCGCCAAGGAAUCCAUCCAGCAAAAGGAAGCUGGAGGAGUUGGACAUCAGUUCCAUCGAGUUCUCUGCUCGUCCCAGGAGGGAGGAGCCACAGGACGCCGAGUCGAGUGGGAGGCAGCGAAGAACAGACGAUCAAGAGGGUGGUGCUAGAGAAGAUGGUGGCUUUUUAGAGGAGUCUAGCAGCAGUAGUAGUAGCAGCAAAGGAUUUGGAAAGGAAGGAGAGGGAGGAGAUGGUGGUAUUGAUCCAGGUCCUAGCACCGAUGGAGACAAAGCUGAGACUGUGGCUAUGGAGGUGGACAGGGGCGUUUCGUGCUCGAGUUCCUCGUCACAUCUCCAGUUCUUUGUCAAGACGUACAUUGAUGGCAAGACGAUUGUUCUUCACGCGACAGCGUCGGACACGAUCGAGUCGGUCCACCAGCAGAUCCUUGUCCGGACAGGCCUGCCUCUUCUCGAGCAAAGGCUGAUUUUUGGUGGCCGCCAGCUCCAGCACGAUCAGUCACUGGAGACUUGUCAUGUCACCAACGAUGCGACGCUCCAUCUCGUGGCGCGGAUGCGCAGCACGGCGCUUCCUCACUCUUGGCAGCUUAUCAACGACUUGGUGGCGACGAUCCGGAAGAUGUAUGGCUUGUCCGGGGACGAAGUUAGCAGGCUAGGAUCAAAGUUGACGCAGUGCCAGGAUAGCGUGAGAACGGGGGUCCAGGAGUUUUUGAAGAUGACAUCCAAGUCAGUACCGGUGCUAGAACACAUGCAGGUGUUUCAGCUGUCUGGAGCAACGUCCGCUCUCGUCAUGCUGCUCCUCUCGCCGGUGGAGUCCAACAGGGUCUGCGCCGAGGAGUCUAUCAAGUUCUUCCUGACUGGCAACGAUGACUACUUGCCGGUUCACUUGCAUUGCCACUCGGCGCCGGUUCUUCUCGACUUUUGCAAGCUCCUGUCAAAGAGUGCUCCAAGCCACCCACUGUAUCGCUCGUGCCGGAGUGCGCUGGCCCGGCUGCUGGAUGGCAGUGAUGCCGGUCACGGCAAUCCGUUUUUCCAUGAGGUGAAGGCCGAGACCAUUGUGAGUGACUUUUCCCCGUUUGCUAACGAACUGGCCGAGAGCUUGUUAACUCGUCUACAGGACUAUCGUAGCUUUCCAGGCCAAGAGUUCUCGUCGUAUAUCAAAGAGGCCAAGGACUUCACCGCUUUCAUCACGCACAUCUGCAAGUCGAUGGCAGUGUGCAAGGUGGUCGACUCGGAAGAUCCGGGAAAUAGUUCCAUGGAUUACUUGGAGUUGAGACUGGGAUGCAGUGAUGAGACAACUCAGGCACAGGCACAGGCACAGCAAGUGGGAACAGCGGGGUGGCUGGAUAGUAUUUUCCAUAGGCUGCUGGUGGAGCUGGACAAGUGCUUGGUCACGGUACUCUGGCAGCACGAAAAGUUUCAAGAGGGAGGGCCGAGAAGCACACAAGGGGUUGAGGAGAGGCCGUUUGCUCGUGCUCCAUUCUUGUUCGUGCUCAAGGGGCUCCAUGCCGUGGCGAAACUCUCCGAUAUCUCGUCGAUGAAGCUCUUGUCGCUGCUGCGAAGCCAACGCUUGGCCUUGAAUGUGCUGGUUAGUCAGUCACGCUGGCAAGAUCACGACUUUUGGCUGCUUGAGUACAAGCGCUUUUUAGAGUUUGACUCGAAGAAGCGGCUCGUCAUGGCUAUGCUACCGGAGCCGCAGGACGACCACGAGGAACGCCAGGAGAUUGUUAUCCAGCGUUCGCAGCUCCUGACGGAGUCACUCGAGCAACUGGUUUACGUGGAAGCGGAGAACAUACAGGGUGGCCUUUCGGUGGAGUUUUCGUCAGAGGAAGCGACAGGGCCGGGUGUUUUGAGAGAGUGGUUCUUCAUGGUUUGCAAGGAGAUCUUCAAUCCUCAGUUUGCGUUGUUUCUGCCGUGUCCCAACGACAGAAGAAGAUUCUAUCCAAAUCCAGCUUCCGGAGUCAAUCCUGGACAUCUCACGUACUUCAAAUUCUGUGGACGAGUUAUAGCGCUGGCUAUGAUGCACAGAGUCCAGGUAGACGUCACCUUUGCUCUCUUCUUCUUCAAGCAGCUGGCUGGCCUUCCCAUAACCUGGGAAGACUCGAGAGACGCGGACCCGGCACUGUACGCGAGCUGCAAAAACAUCCUAGAAAUGGACCCGGACAGCAUCGACUCGGACACGCUGGGCCUCACGUUCGUAACCGAGAUGGAACUCCUGGGAUCACGAAAGGUGCUGGAGCUUUGUCCCGGCGGGAAGGAUAUGGCAGUCACCAGCACGAACCGGCGUCACUUUGUGGAUCUCAUGGUCCAGAGGCGUCUCGUGGCCGCAGUCGCAGACCAAGUCAAGUGGUUCUCUCAAGGCUUCUCCGACUUGCUGUCCAACACCUCCAUCCACCAGUUUCUUCGCCCGCUGGAUCUCGAGGAUCUGGACCUGAUGCUCUACGGCAAAGAUCGCGAGAUCUCUGUGGAAGACUGGAAGCAGCACACCGAGUACCACGAUUACACCGCCUCGGACGAGCAAGCUCGAUGGUUUUGGGAGGUGGUAGAAGAGAUGUCCCCCGAGAGACGGAGAAAGCUGCUGUUCUUCGCAACGUCGGUGACGCAUUUACCGCCGGAGGGAUUCGCAGGCUUGACGUCGAAGUUCCACAUCCACAAGUCGCUCACCAACGUGACUUGGUUGCCGACGGCUCACACUUGCUUCUACCAGUUGAUACUGCCGCCUUACUCGAGCUUUGACGUGAUGCACAGAAGCCUCUACGCGAUCACGGCCGAUCACAUUGCGGAAGGCUUUGGAUUUGCUUGAUGAUCAGGGUCUCGUUUUUUUUUUUCCUCUCUCUCUCUCUCUCUCUUUCUCAAUAAGCGAAGGUGAAAAUAAGAUCGUUUCCUUCUUCGCU